UCCCUCCCUCUGCCCAUCUUCCCAGGUUCAGUUCCCUCCUCCUCGCACCAUCCCUUCACUCUGUCUCUCUCUGCACUGCUAGGCUAUGUUCAGCUCCAAGUCAGCAGCCAUCCUCCCGUCCUAUUUCAGUGAGUACCCCGAGACAGCGGACAAGCUGGACAUUAGCACCAAAGUCCAACUGCACGGGGUCCUGUGGAAGAGACCCUUCGGGAGACAGUCGGCCAAGUGGUCCAAAAGAUUCUUCCUCAUCAAGGACAGCUUCUUACUGUACUAUGCUGAGAACGAAAGAAAAAACUUUGAGAGUAACAGAUAUUUCAACAUACAUCCCAAGGGUGUGAUACCGCUGGGAGGAUGUGUGGUGGAGGCAAAGGAAGAGCCCAACAUGCCAUUUGUGAUGAAGAUUUCCCACGAGGACUUCCACGGGAACAUACUGCUUGCAGCCGAGACAGAGUUUGACCAGCAGCACUGGCUCGAGAUGCUGCAGGAAUCUGGGAAGGUAACCUGGCAGAAUGCCCAGCUCGGGGAGGCGAUGAUCGGCAGCCUGGAGGCCCAAGGCCUACAACUGGCCAAGGAGAAGCAGGAGUACUUAGACAAAUUGAUGGAGGAGACGGAAGAACUUUGUCUGCAGAGAGAACAGAAGGCGGAGCUGGAACGGCUGAAUCAGGUCCUGGAGGUGGAAAAGAACAGGAUUGAGGAAAUGGUCCAGGAUUUGAAAUCAGAGCAGGAACAGAUAAAGAGCGCGGCCGAGAGUGAGUCCCAUCGGUUCCGAGACUCUUCGUUGAAGGCGUCAAUCUUUGCGUCAAGUUUAGAGAUUAUUUCCACGAGGCUCGCCACCAUAGUUGAACAGCCCGGUGACGCAGAAGGUGGGAAAAGCCACUGGCUCCAUGGAAGAGUCGUGGAGUUUGGGAGGCGAAAAGACAAGGAUGUUGAAUCUCUGGAUCUCGGUGCAAUUUUUACCAGGCCAACAGCUAUCAGCCAAGUUCCAGGGGGAAGGAAUGAUUGGGCUUUCAAGGUGGGAGCAGUAAAAUGCAAAGCUGUUGGGAUACAGGCAGCACUCCGGAAAGGAAACGAGCCAGCAGAUCAGACGUUAGCGGCUCACUCGUGUUGUGUCUGGGAAGCAGACACUGCCCAGAGCUUUGGGUCCUUUCAGGAAGUGGGGCCCAGGGAGAUAUUGAUCAAUCUGAGACCGGAGGAGAUUAAAUCCCGUGCGGAGUUGGAGCGGAGACUGCAAGAGGCAGAGGAUGCUUUGCAGAGGCUGGAGCAGGGCCUGAGCUCGGCUGAACGUACGGUGGAGAAAAACGAGCGAAUGAAAGGAGACGUGGGCGAAUUGAGAAAGUUCUUCGAGGAGUGCAUCAGGAAAGCCGAGAUCGAGGCCAACCUCCCGGUCAUCAUGAAGAACUCCGUCUAUGUGCAAAGAGCGGCUGCUCGCAGGAUCAAGAGUUGCAGGUUCCGCCGGAGGAAGUCCACCGCCGUCUGGAACUCCUUCGUGACCAAUCCCCAUUCUUUGAACGUCCCCUCAGGUGACGGGGAAGAGGACAUGGAGGAGCUAAAGGAGACGGCCAGGAAGCUGAGCAGGGAUCGGCGUUUCCGCGAGACUGUCUAUAAGUACAUGACCCUCAAAGACUCAUCAAACCCGUGACGCUGCCUGGUGGGCUGUUAGCAAGAGCUAGUCACGCUUCUGCUGUCCUGUAAUCCUUCAGCCAGCUUUGUAAAAAGCCAAACGCACCCUGGUUUAGGUUAAAAAGCAGCAGUUUAGGCCGAAUGCAUUUGAUUUUUGAUCUCGGGCUCUUCCACCCCGCCACAGCCCCUCUCUGGGGUCAACGUCUCCUCUGUCCACUGGGCUGGCUAAUGGAUGGCCCCCCCAGGGGACAGCGGGAGCCCAGUUCCCUCUCUGAGCAAUUCCCCGAUUUGGGAAAAUGCCGACUGCGGUCCGUUCUCCGGAGAGGGCGAGCGGGUAGCAUGUUUCCUACACAGCAGCUGACCCGUGCCUCCCCUCUCGAUGCUGAGUCUGCUUUUUGCUCCGACUCCCAGCACUCACUGAAGUGACCGCGAGUGAAAAUCAUUGGAAGGGAACAAGCUGUUUGCGAAUCUUGGAAUCCUUACAAGUGUGGGAGCAGGCCAAUUGGUCCAUCUAGUCCACACCGACCCUCUGAAGACCCCCCACCUGCUAACCCUGCUAACCUGGCUAACCCACCUUGCCUGCACAUCUUCAGGACUGAUGAGGAACUGAUUAACAUGUCAAAGUGCAAAUGCAUGCACAGGAGUGAGUCAGGGCGAGGCCUUUAUUUAAUGCCUUCACUGUACGUAAAAUAACAUUGGGCUAUCUUUUUCACAAGUUUGGCUAAGACGACUUCUUGAACAACAAGGAUGCUGGUGAGGGUAUCCUGGUCUGUUGGGCUUACCUCGAGGUAAAAUAACCAUCGGCUCACCAGCCUGUAGUCUCACUCUCUCGUUGGACAGAGGGGUUGUGGUUUAAACUGAGAGUCGGCGUGCCUCAGCUGAGGGGAGAGAUUAAGAAGGAGAGUCCCUCACUGACUCAAACUCUGCAUUAAAGUACUCGGGAGUAAAAGGUCAGCAAUGGCCUCUUCCGGUGGAGUGGUAUUGUCCCUCCUGCUGAACCGAGGGACCCGGAUUUUUAAAAAAUGCAGACCUA